GAGGCUCGGGCCGGGAAACCAUGGGGAGAUGCAAUGGGCGAUGCACGCUGGUCGGAUUCUGCUGCCUGCAGCUGAUAGCAGCGCUGGAGAGGCAGAUCUUUGACUUCCUGGGUUAUCAGUGGGCGCCCAUCCUGGCCAAUUUUUUACACAUUAUGGCUGUCAUCCUGGGCAUCUUUGGGACCAUCCAGUAUAGAUCCAAAUACCUCAUAAUGUAUGCGGUGUGGCUGGUGCUGUGGGUUGGAUGGAACGCAUUCAUCAUCUGCUUUUACCUGGAAGUUGGACACCUGUCACAGGACCGAGACUUCAUCAUGACCUUCAAUACCUCGCUGCACCGCUCAUGGUGGAUGGAGAAUGGGCCCGGCUGUCUGGUGACACCAGUAAUGAACUCAAACUUGGCCCCAGAGGACCAUCACGUCAUCACAGUCACUGGCUGCCUGCUUGAUUACCAAUACAUAGAGGUAGUGAGCAGCGCCAUGCAGAUAUUCCUGGCGCUCUUCGGAUUUGUCUACGCCUGCUAUGUCAGCAAAGUGUUUAUGGAGGAAGAAGACAGCUUUGACUUCAUUGGAGGAUUCGAUUCAUACGGCUAUCAGGCUCCACAGAAGACAUCACACUUACAGCUACAGCCUUUGUACACGUCCGGGUAACUCCUCAUUUCCUGGAAUCUGCCCCCUCUUGGACCUUCGUGGGAGCAUGAGGUGGCAGGAUGCCCCAAAUGACAGCGAACUGUUCUGAAAGCAACAAUGAGACCCCGCCGGAGAUGGGCUCAGCCCGAGGACUGCACCGAGCCAGCACCCUGGGUUCAUCUUGGUUUCCUUUUAUGUUCCUUCUGGGCAGUCACACAGUUUUCAGGCACUUGCUGUGACGCCAGAAAAAGACACACACAUGAACACACGCACACCGGCGUGUCCCACAAACCAUCCCACCCAGCUUGAGGGACCAAAAGAGGUAUAACAACUCCACCUGCUGGCCAGCAUUCAAAUACCACCAGUAGCUUUAACUCCAAGGUGAGGACAGGAGCCGGACAAUAGUAUUUCCAGGCGGAUGGUGAGAAGGUUUGUUCCAAGGAAGAGCUUUAUUCAGCAGCGUCCUGAUAGGAGUCCUUUGUCAUCCAACUGAAAGGUUAUGUCAGCUGUUCUAUUCUGAACCCCUGGUGCAAUGGCUUUGCAGUACGAAAGGGGAGUUUCAGUAGCUAGCAUGCAAUAGAAAUUAAUGCAUCAAGUAUCUGGGAUUAAGGCAGAGUGAAACGUGCAAGAUGAGGAUAGGUAGGAUCUCAAAUGACUCUUUUCUUCUUUUUUAUUUCUGCCGCGUUUGUAUGUGAUUAGCGUGACCCUUUUCAGUUUAGAUGAGUACCAGUUGGAAAGGCAACGUAUGGGGGGCUCGGCAGCCAAUUAUUCUGCACUUAAUGAACUUGGUACUGGGGAGAAAAUGACACGCUGCCAAGCAGUUGGCCAACUGGAUGAGCUAAUUGCUCCUCACUUUCUCAAAACGGCCACCACGUGGCUUGCAACCCCAAAACACAGCCAGCAGCUACAGUGUUGCCAAGUCUCACAACUGUAUCGCAAGUAUUGGGAUGUUUGGUUAGUGUCUUAAUGUUCCAGCUUCUGUAAUCAAAAGUUUGCAGGAAAAUCUCAGCUCCCAUUAAAAAAAGGAGGAAAAAAAAAAGAAAGAUGUUUCUAAUCUUCUGGAUGGUAGAUAAAAAGCUUGGAAGCAUGAAGCGAGCGUGAUCUGCUGUCUCAUAAAGCAGCUGGCAAAGAAAGAACCCCAAAACUAUCAUUUUAUUUAAAGAAAACAAACUUCAUAUGAUUUUUAAGCCAGUCUCAUGAUCUUGGGGGACUUAACACAUGGUUUUUUGAAUACUUGAGUCUGGCAAUACUGACGAGCUGCUUCCUAUACAGCUAUUUAGGGCUUUUUAAAAUAGUAUAAUGAAUGUUUUUAUUUUAAGUGCCUGAAUAUAAUUUUACCCAGUGCAGUCUGUCCAUCCAAGGAUAACGUUUUUUUUCCAAAGAAGGAGCAAAUUCCAAACAGAACAAAACAACCCACACCCCAGCCCUGCCUGCGUUACAGUAAUGAUAACCAUCGUAAUAGUGAGGAAACCAAGGUCAAUGCUGUGCCUUUAGCUAAUGCCACUGGGCCUUUUGCCCAGUAGGAUGUGAGUGCACGAGAUGCUGGAUGCUUAGGAAAGGUGCUGGAUGGACAAUCACAAAGUCCCCUGUAUAUUCAUGGACAACACGGCCAGUGCACCUCCCGUCCUGCUGCAGCCAAUGUAUCCCACUGCCAGUAGGCAUAGAUGCCCUGUAGUAGGGAGUUGGCUUGUCUGUCUCCAAGGCUAACCUGGCUUCUGGGUUGAGAUUACAAACCCAUGGGACAGGCAGGGUUUGUCUAUAGAUGGAGUUGUCCUUGAUUCCUGCUUAAUCCCAUGUGUACAUACACUUAUUCCAGAAUAAGUGAGCCUUGUAUGGGUAUGCAAAAGUACUUUUACUCCAGAAUUAGAGUCCCUGUGCAUGGAGCUGAUCAGGAUGUCUUAGUUAAUCUCCAGACCAGAAUCCCAGAUCCAAAGAACCCCAAACUGUGGAGAAGCUCAGAUCCCUUCUGUGUGAAGAAUUUAGUAGUAGAAGUAGGGAGAUGCAGACGUCAGGGGCAGAAUACAAGCAGGGAAGAGGUGAAGUGAGCCUAGAAAACAUGCAGUCUGCUAAGUGGAGACCAGACACAAGGGGUCUUAUCCCUGAGGGGUUGCUUCUUCCCUCAGUGCCUUACCUUCUUGUGGCACGUCGGGGACUUGAACAAGCACCCAGCUUAGGAAAGUUAUUUGAGUUGCACAGCAAAAAAGCACCACGUAUGCGAUACUGGUGAAUAAAAUGCCAGUGAGACACUCAGCACAUAAGGGCAGGUGUCAGUGGAGAAGCAAAUGGCUUCGUUAAGUCAGCAGUAAAGAAGCCUCCAGCAUCCAUCCAGUCCUGUGCACUGGCUGUUGGUGCCACAGCAGGGGCUGCUUCCCAGCCAUGGGGCUUUUCUAAUGCAGCAAGAACAAUGCGGUAGCUCCCACAACUGGGCUUCCCUGGUGCAUAAUCACCUCUUCCUCAUCUUGUCACUGUUAUGAAAGGAAGAAAAGAGGGCCCAGAGCUUUCUGGUGCCUUUUGUAAUCACUGCCUAGUCCUCAUCACCAAGGCUGUGUCCACGCUAGCAAAACUAGGAGCCGUCGUUCGACACUGGCAGUACCAGAGAGUGGGCUCAGGUGUUCCUCCCUCUUUGCUGUCUAAGAUGCCCUUCCUUGUGCUCUGACCUGCUCCAUCUACCCACACUAAUGUUCUCCAUCCUGCCCCAGCAGCUUCUGCAGAUGCUUCCCCAUGUUGACAGGGAAAUAACAAAUGAGGGAGUUGUCUCUGAGUGUCACAUACCAGCAGCGAAUCUGUCAUGCUCAGCGAACUGAUUGUGCCAAAACUGUGGGCCAAGUUCUCUUCCACCUAUUAGGUAAGUAAGCAAACUUGGGCAUCUAAGUGCAAUGCUGUUCCACCCUGCUCAAGUCCUUGAAAUAAUAUUAAUACAAGAGGUGGGCAGGUCCUCCUCCUCCUUGCUGCUUUUUUGUGACUCAGUCUUCAGGGUCAGACAAUGGCGUGUUACAAAAGUAGAUGCACUGAUGGAUAUUCAGAGAUUUGAACAGCAUGGAAGAGAAUCUCACUUCGAUGCCUAAAUUCACAUGGGCCUCUAUUAGGUGGAACAGAAGCUGGCCUUAUUUCUUUCCACUCACCAGCUGCAAUCCUUAGUAUAAAUUUAUUCUUUUCAGUAGAGCUCUGCAAACUUUUUUUCAAUGAAUAAUAAAUUUGCUGAAACAUGCAGUUUCAGGGGCACUGAAAUUAUUCCCGAAUUCAGCUUGAAUUUGGCAGAGAGUUUCCAGUCCAAAACAAAAAGGGGGGAGGAAGAAACUUAAAAAAAAAAUGGGGGUCAGCCUGAACUGAAUUUUUUUCCCCCAGUUCAGUGACCAGACUUUAAAAUCUAUUAUUCACACAGCUGUCUCCUGAACACUGCUGAGGUCAGCCUGGAUGGAAGGAGAAUUACAUUUGAUUUCUUUUUAACAUGCUCCUUCUCCAAGACUGAGACCCGUUUGCAUUAAUUAAGUUUCCCGAGAAGUGAUUUUUGUUUUUUUAGAGCUGCAUUACUGGAAAGCCAAAACCAGGGGCUUAGAAAGGAAAAACUGACUGAGCCUGAAGUCCUCCUGCCUGCACAGAGGCACUGGUGUAACAGCAUGGGGUGCUGAAAAUGUUACAAACGUUUGAGCUGACCUUGCUUAACCCGCUUAAAAGAGACCCUGCCAUGCAGGUCAGGCCCCAGAUUUGCCCAGCUUUAAAAUUCCCCAGGGAAAUAUCUCUGCAUUCCAGAUAUCACCAGGCCACUGAGAAGCUACGACAAGAAACAACUGUUGCUUCUGCAGGGCCCGUGGUGCCGGCAGUGUGCAGGGCAACUGAUAGACGCAGAGCCCAGACCUGCCAGCUCUGGGUCCUGAAGUGGUGCUUGCACUGAAACACCCACAAGUGCAGGCAAAGGCGGGUGUAAGGGCAGGGCAGGGGGUGACGUGUGGCUCAGUCGGCCACUGUUUGCUCCGUGCUUCCCCUUUCCUCCAGGGCAAGGGAGGAUGCUGCAGUGAUUCUUUACCAAGAGAGCCAGCUUCCUCCGCUCCGCCAGUGCAGCCAUGUUCUCCAUGCCUGCAGCUCAGUCCCUGCUCACCAUGGGGGCAGCAGACAAGCAGCACCGUACCUGCUGCUCUGGGUUCUCUGUUCACGGGUGAUGUAGAGGUGUAAGAACACAUCCCUCGUAACUCCUGGCCGGGCUUGUGAGGCAAUUCACAAAGCAGCCCAGGCACACUGUCCCCAUUGGUGACUCAUGGCAGGUUCAGCAGUAAGUUUGAGAAGAAUCAGGGCACCCCACUAAGCAGAGCCAGGAUGACCUGGGUGAGGGUGUUGAACAGGAAAGUAAUCGAUACAGCCAGAAGAAUCAAGUUCAUUUCAGGACAAAUGCAAGGAAAUCUCUUUUUCCUGCAUGGAAAGCGAUCUGUCCCUGGAGCUGCACCAAGACCCCCAUGCCAGGGGCUCACAGAGCCAGGUCUUUAGUCAGCAGGGAAAGGAAUUGCCUCGUCCUGUUUCUCAACAACAGAGAACAAAUCCAAGGCUCUUUGCAAAUGAUUGGGAAAAGCUGUAUGAUGCAGCAUCCCUCCAGGAGGCUCACUCCGAGUGCUCCUCUCAAGUCGCACUGGGGAAGAGCUCCAGCGAAGCAGCCCAUGGCACACUUUCUUCUAGGUCACAGGCAGGGUCCCCAGGGGGCAGCCACUGCCUGGAACGUGCCUACAGGUGUCUGCAGCCCAGGCCCAGAUCUGAUGUCAGUGCUGACGAGCAGGGACUGGAGAAAGCUGGGAACCACCUGGGAACAGAGAAGGUGGACCUUUGCUAUUCAUUAUUCUUCUGAAAACAUUGCCAGCAGCCCUCAGUCUUGUCCCACUUCCCUCCCUUGGCCCAGCUUCCAUUUCAAGAAACAUCUGUCCAAAACAAGCCCAGCUUCCUUAAGCAUUUUUUUCUUUGUAAAUCCAAGGACUUUCUUUCAUGAAAGUGCAAGUCCAGUGACUCAAGCAGCUGUGCCAAUUCAACCAGGUACUGAGCAUUCACCAGUCCCUGCUGGCACCUGCCCAGCCAUGGGUGUCCAGAGGCUACAGCCAAAAGAUGAACCAUGCGGGAAAGGCAAGGGGAAGGGCAGAUGAAAUGGUAGGGGCUCCCACUGCACAGGGGUGCUGUGUACAGCACUAGGCACACAGCUCUAAGUCCUACCCAUACCCAGGCAGGACUAACAGGACAGCUCAGUUCUGCUCCCGGCUUUCGGUGGAAACUCCUGCCUGGAUCUGGCUGCCAUAUGAGGAAAGCCAAUUUGCAGCAAAUGUCUUCCUGUAAAAAAAAACCUGCAGUUGAUCCAAAUUGCCCGACAACUCAUGCUGGAUCCUGGUGCAUCUCCCAGAGCAAAAGAAAUGUCCCUCCAUCCAGCUUAACCACCCAUUCCCAGAUCCCCCAAGUGGUACAGAAAGCUUCCCCUGAAGCCACUGCUUCUUGCCUCCCUUCAGCUGGUAGGACUCACUGUGACAGUAUUAGCAUAGGGUGCUGCACUGCAGAGCCAGAUGAGGGGUGGGAGGAAGGGGAAAUGUGGAAAGAGCCUGUUGUCAGAGGUUUUAUUUAUUAUUUGUGCAAUGGCUAGCUGCUUAGCGUGGCAGGGCUGAAGAAACAGAAUGGCUUGGCUGGGGUAAUAUUCCUCUUGCUAGAGAAGGAAGCAGCCAAGGGUGAAGUUACACAUUACACUUAGAGCACACUAAAUCUGUGGAGUGUUAAGCAGUGUUAAAAUGAGAAAGUGCCAUGAACAGUUGCACAUUAAGGGUCAAUCCCGUUUCUUCCCUCCAUAGCUCUGACUUGCCACUAUGGGUCUGGCAAGCAGAGGCAUGGCUAGAAGCCAGGACACCUUAGCUAGUCUAUUCCUGCUCUUGGGAAGUCGGGAAGGGAACUGGGAGUGCUGCGUCCUGGCAUGCUGGAGUACUGCAGAUUGCUGGUUUGUCUCUGUGGAGCAGACUGAAGUUCCCCUAACAGAAGCUAGGUAGCAAGGCCCAGAAUUAACCCUUGCCUGAAGUGGCAUAAUUUUGAGACUCUCAGAGGGCACUUAGCCUGAGUUAACAAGCUUCAUUGAUCAGACGCUCACAUUUUAAGUGCCCUUAGUAUGGCCUAAGUGUAACUUCACCUCCAGCGGCAACAAAGGUGAGACUGCUGGACACAGAGAGAUGCUCUGGUUCCCUCUGGGUGCUGGCAAGGCCUGGCCUGUCAUGCAGUGCAGCAAGGCAAGAGCUGGCUCUGAACCUUCUCCCUGCACUGCCAGCCCCUUGCUGCAGCAGGACGGGGAACAUGCCCCUCCCACCCAGCAGAGUUCAAACCUUUUCAGGCAAUAAUUUUGAGUCAAAACAGCUGUUUUCUAAUAAAUGAGUGAAGCCUUUUCCAUUGACCCACCUCCCUGUGAUGCCAGGGAAAGGCACCCAGAUGCUUAGACUGCAAUACAUGCCCCCCACGCCCCCAACAAGUCAAAUACAGAGUGAGGUGACCGAGCCCUCAGGGGCACCAAUAGGCACAUUCAGCCUCCUCGGCCUUGCAGCUGUGCUUCUGCUGCAUUGUUCAUUUCUUUCUUCCCCCAGACCUACCCUGAGACCGAGCAGAGCACUGGGCACUGAUGUGUAGGUGUCUGAGUCCUACUGGGGUACCUCACGACCUCUGUAGAUCUUGCCACUAGGCUCCAGUUCGGGAGAGCCCCUUUGGCAUGGCAGACAGCACUCAACACAGGCUUCACAUUAAAUUCAUGUGAAGCACAUCAUUCAAGUGAAAUAUGUGCAUUUCUGAAUUGGGAGUUUAAGUGCAUGCUUAACUCCCCACACUGAGGAGCCAAAGCAGAUCUUCAUAUGCUCACAGGUUGCUUGAGUUUAAAGUUUGGCUCAGACACUGUGCUACAUUGGGACUUGAAGUAGGGAUGUGACCUUCUCCUACAUCAGCAACCACAUAGAAACUUCAUGGAGGACUGGCUGGAUUAGAAACCACCUGAUGCAGAAGAGGACAUGAAUCCGGUCAUCUCACCACUGAUCUGCUGACAGGAGACCAAGACUGUACCCUAAUCGAGGGCAAGAGCCCUGUACUCUUGGCACAUGGUACAGCCAAGAUCAACGGCUUUAUUCCCUGCUUAAGAAAUGGACUAAAACAUAGAGGAAGCAUUAUUCCAGGUUUCAGUGUAAA